AUGGACAUUCCGUUGGAUUCACCCAAAUGGAGGAAGGAUCUGCACAAAGUUAGGGAGGAGUUAUUUGUUCAGCGGUUUCGUAAACUUGACCCACAUGACACUUGGACACUUGAAGAGGUGGCCAACUUUGCCAACAUUAUCCUUGAAAUCUUCAAGCAUUCCGAAGAUCUUGAGGACAAAGACAUCACAGCGGCAAUUUAUAUUGUGGAUAACCCCUUUAUCCAUUUCAGAAACCCCGAGAAGCCCUAUGAACUUCUGUUUAACUGGACUUCUCGAGAAUGGUGGAGAAAUUUGGAAAAUGCUCCAGAAUCGAGUAACAAGCUGCUCGAAAAAUCUAUGGAUCUCAUUACUCUAAAUGUGCUUCUCGCCAUCACAAGAGAUAUAUUUUCGGCGAUUCCGAGACUAGAAUUGGAUGAAAUUGUCAAGUUUGCCAACGAAUUCAUAAGGCUCACAUUUCAAAAAGUCUCGGCGGUUAUUCCAAAAGAAGAAAUAAAGGAGAUGAUGAAAAAAUUGAAAGACCGUACAGAAUGGUAUAUUCCAUGUUCGGAGAUGUACAUGGAUCUCUGGAGAAUGUGUUGGCACAAAAUGCAUGAUAACUAUCGGACACCAGAUGUUCUUAUCAGUGGUGUUUCUGUUCCGAUACCAGACUCAAUGGGUGUUGAUGCAUACUUUUUGGAGUUCCUCAACCAAACCUUUUUUGUAAAAUAUCACUAUAUCGAACUGACAAUUGAAGAAAAAGUUUCACUCUUGAAAUUUUUAACAAGUUUGAAUUUCCAUGAAAUCAACUAUUAUUUUGUAGCAAGAGGAGGAAAACAAGUUAUGGAAAACUUGUAUAAGCAUCUAUUGCAAGUGGAUUCACAAUCCAACAACGAUGAUUUUCUCCGAGAGCUGCGCAAUUUCGUCGUCAAAGCAAGCGCUUAUAAGAUUCUGCUCCAGAUGCAUUUGGCAAGCAGGGGAGCAAUAUCUCUCGGGGACAGGAAGCGAUCACUCAAGGGCAAUGUCAGACAAAUCGGAUCAAAACGUGGAUUCGACAUCUUGACAACGAUUGCCGAGAUUCAAGAUCAAGAUCCACAUACCGGACACAACGAGAUCGAUCUGGAAUCGCUGAUGAGUUACGACAAAAGUCCCGCCGUGUUUGACCCGAGGCAGCAAGGGUCCAUUCGAAAAUGGCUGGCCAUGGCAGAAGAUUACGGGUUGAACACAGGGAACCCGGAAGUGGAACAACAUUUGUACUUGGAUUAUCAAGAUCUCGCAUUCGCCGGAACUAAGUGGACACACGACACAUUUCCAUUAUUUUUUCACUUACUAGCUGCUACAGCCCGAUCUUUAAUUGGAAAGCAUUAUGGAAGAUUAUGCCUCAAAGAUCCUCAGCAGAGUCUUUUCGAUCCGGAACAUGGGCUCCUGAUCUUCGAUUACAUUUUCGAAUACUCGUUACAAUUCAUUUUGGCAAUCCUCCACGACAAGUCCACGGUUUUGCAAACCCUACUUGGAUCUGAAAAUGCGGAAAAGUUAUGUGCAAUCCACGAUGAUUGGAAGGAGUGGACAUUCAGUCCGAUAACGAAAUUGACAAAAUUGGAAAUCAAGAUCAUUGAGGAAUCUAAAGGAACGAUCGUGGAAGAUUAUAUUUCCGGCAAAAAUACGAAACUGGAAGAUUUUGUGGACCCGUUAGUAGACAUGUUUACUACAGCAAUAGAGAUGUACGAUUUCCCUAAAAGCUACAUCGAAUUUAGAUACCGUAGUUUUCAGAAAGAUUGUUACACAAUAGCUAUCAGGCCACUUCUUCUGAUCAUGCCGCUCAAGGGCUUGAAGAUUAUUGUUGCAAAUUCACGGGGCGCUCUCAGGAUGACUCUCGGUGAUUCUGGGGAAGCUGCGAAACAGGAUUAUCAGAAAGAUUGGCAGCGAGUUCAAGAUUCAUUUUCUGGAGACUUUUCCAGAGAAUAUUUCUCGAAAUUUCCGCAAACUAUUGUGGAGUUCUAUUCGAUUAUUCCGAAGACUUGGUUGACAAGAACUUGGAUUGAAGAUGAGAAAAAUGUUGCGGCGGUCGUCAACUUUCAUAAGCUAUAUGACUACCCAGAGGUUCUGGAUUAUCUGGUUAUUCGCCACUAUUUCAAACAAUUCGAUGCGGGAAAUUGGACGAUUGACGAUUGGGCGCGUGCAAAAAGAACGGAAAUUAAAAGUGUUCUUAUUGGAAAACCUGUUGAUUUUCAUCUUUAG